UUUAUUGUGUCAUUGUCAGGUGUUUACAUGCCGAUAUUAUUUAUUUAGGUCAAAAUUUACAAAAUUAUACCAUAAACAUGAUAAUUACAUAUUAGUUAGCAUAAAAAAAUGCAUAGUAGAAUUAGUUUAGUUUAAUUUUACUAUGGUUUGUGAUGAGUUCUUGUUGCGGGAACGAAUUUUUGUUCGGGUCGGUUAUAAGGGAAGUGUUCGACAGUAAUUUGAAGAUUUUGGGGGAUUUAGGGAAUAUCAGCUAUAGUUCUUGGUUGAUUCUUCUUGGCGUGCUGGUCGGCAGUGCGCUGCUGCUUCGUAGAAUCACCGGUCAGAACCCGCGGUCAGCCUAGCGCUCUUUCGCUGAAAGUAAAAGUAAUUUCCUGCGUUGAGUGCUUGUGACGAAACUACUGCGUAAGGGCGAAUAAGGUCGCGCCACUAUCAGCGGGUGGCGAGACGGGCCCCGUGGCCGAGGACGCCAUGAAAGGCGUCGAAGCCACGCCAGAGGAACAGGAACGGCUCGCGACCGGCAACAACAAUGGCUCCCUUGAUUGCAAGCUACCCUCGCCGCAGCCGGCCGGCCCCCGUUCCGUGUUCUACUCCACCAGAGUGUUCAUGCUCGUCUUUCUCUCGGGAUGGGUACUACAGGGCAUGUUCCUCACGUACUUCGUGAGCGUGACGACGACCAUAGAAAAGUUAUAUAGAGUGGAAUCAAGGACAACUGGGACAUUAUUAGCGGCGACGGAGAUUGGCCAAAUAUGUACCGCUUUAUUUCUAACGUACCUAGCGGGGCGCGGGCACCGGCCGAGGUGGAUUGCCUGCAUGAUGCUGGUGUUAGCCGUCGGCGUGGUGGGUUGUGUGGUACCGCACAUGCUCUACGGCACAAGGCUUCUCGACGUGCACUUGGACACGCACCGCGUGGGCGCCGCGCCGGUCUGCUCCCAGGAGAAUGCCACGUCAUACCUGUGUGACUCUGCGCAUGUGCAGAGCACAGAGGCGCGGUCUUCGAUGACGGCGAUCAUCCUACCAUGGCUCUUCUUCUGCCUGCUUGUAGUGGGUGUUGGGCAGACAGGCAUCGCUACGCUCGGCAUCCCGUAUGUCGACGACAACGUCGGUAGCAGACAGUCUCCGCUCUACAUGGCCAUUACAAUCGGGAUUAGGGUGAUCGGACCGGCGUUAGGGUUCCUGCUCGGCGCGCUCUGCACGAGGGUCUAUGUGGAUCCUCUCUUCGACCCUGGAUACGAGUACAGUGAUCCACGAUGGGUCGGUGCCUGGUGGCUGGGUAUGGUAUUCAUCGCGGGGUUCAUCGUGUUGCUGUCGGCGCUGAUGUUCUUCUUCCCGCGGCAGAUCAAGCCGGAGCUGCUGCCGCCGCCGCCCAAGAAGACUCAGGACAAGAACGAUCCCCCAUUCUUCAAAGAUUUCUUCGCGACAAUCAAGCGCCAGCUGACCAAUGAUAUCCUCAUGUGGCGCACGGCGAGCUCCGUGCUCCACCUGAUGCCCAUCAGUGGGGUGUACAGCUUCCUGCCCAAGUAUCUGGAGAAGCAGUUCCGGUUGCCCACGCAUGAUGCCAACCUAGUCUCCGGUCUGGGUGGUAUCCUGGUGAUGGGAUUAGGCAUCAUAACGUCGGGCGUGGUGAUCGUCAAGCUGGUGCCCACUGCGAGGCAGGUAGCAGCCUGGACCGCCGCUACCGCUGCAAUCUAUAGUGCUGGCAUGGUGAUCUUAAUGUUCGUGAGUUGCCCGGAGGAGAGUUUCCGUCUCCUGAGCACUCCGGGGAACAACGCGACACUCGCCUGCAGUCAGAUGUGCAACUGUGACGAAGGCCCAUACACGCCUGUAUGUGGACAGGACUCGUUCACGUACCUGUCCCCGUGCCAGGCGGGCUGUGAGAGCAGCGAGCAGCUGGACAACAGCACUUGGCUCUACUACAACUGUUCGUGUAUCGACGCCAACAUACUCACUGAUGGCGCUAAGGCUAUCGAAGCUGUGAAGCGCUACGACGCGUCGUGGAACGCGAGCCACGGGCCGCUGCUGGCGGGCGGGCGCGGCGUGGCCGUGAGCGGCGAGUGCGGCGCGGCGUGCGGCCGGAUAUACGCCUUCAUCGCCAUCUUCGCCACGCUCAUGUUCGUGCACGCCAGCGGGGAGGUGGGCGCCGUGCUGCUCAUCAUACGCUGCACUGACAAACACGACAAAGCGAUGGCGAUGGGCGUGAUACAGUUCGCUAUAGGCGUGUUCGGGAACGUGCCGUGCCCCAUCGUGUUCGGCGCCGCCAUCGACGCGGCGUGCCGCCUGCGGGACGUGGCCUGCGGCGUCACCGGCGCCUGCGCCUCUUACGACAACGACAGCCUGAGACACUUCUUCUUAGGGUUGUCGGCAGCGCUAAUGUUCUUAGCGUUCAUAAUGGACAUGUUGGUGUGGAGCAAGGCGGGUCGCAUCGACAUGAACCCUGGUGACCCAGCGCCCGACCACGCCCCUCUGCGGCCCAAACCUAAUGACACGCAACUCUGACACACACUCUACGAGACACACUUGUAAACGCAAGUACACCAGGAACUAAAGUCAGAAGAGAACUCACAAAUUACACUAGGAACUAAAGUCAGAGGAGAACUGAAAUGCAAGUGGAUUUGGAACUGACAAGGAACUCGCUUAGAAAUUAUAGAAGAUGGUUGGUAAAUAGGAUAGAACUAUUAAGAAGUUCAAAAAUCAUAGAGAAUAGUUGAAAAUACCAUGCAAAAUUAGAAGAAAAAAAAGAAAAAGAGACAUACAAGGGAACUGAUAAAAUAAGCAAAAAUAUUGACAUUGUUAGUAAAGAACCGUUUUGAAGAAAGAACCACCAAAAAUUAUAAAAGAACUAAGAACGUGUAAAAGUAACUUUACAGCUAAGAAAAGAAUCGAUAGUAAAUAAAUUUAGGGUGUCAUUUUUAUAAGACGAAUUCUAGAAAAGUAGUCUAAAUUAGAAGAGAAAACAAAAAAGAAUUAUGGGAAAAUAAAAAAAAAUUGCGUUGUUUUUGUUAGUAUAAGAAAAUAAUGUGACAAGCGUGAUGGAUUUGUAGGUAAGUGGUUCUUUGGAAUUUAUUUCUGAAUAAAUAAUAAUUGAUGUGAAAUUAUGAUAAACAAAGGAAGUAAUCCAUAUGGCACUAAUUUGUUAGUACGAAUUUUUAGGCGAUGUGUCUGUAGUUGUGGUUUUUAGGAAAGAUAAGGAAGGUGUUAGGGAAUAAUUAUAGGGUUGUUCUCGUGAUCUAAAUAGUCCUCUUCGAAUAAACGUAUGUAGUUCCGAAGUUUCCGCAUUGAAUUGUGUGAUUUAUGUGCUGUUAAUUUUAAGGAACAGCGUGGAACAUCUCCACGAUACGAUAAAACGAUCGAGAAAUGAAAUAGUGGAAUUGUGAAUCAAAUAAACUAUAAUUUUAAAGGCAGCUUUACAACAUAUUUUUCGAUAAAUAAAAUAUUUUUCUCGACACUUAAAACACCAACCAGUGAGAAUAAUGUAUUUAAAUGAACGACAAAUUCUGACUGACGAACAAUUAUUAUGAACAAUAUUAUACAUAUUUAAUUGCAUUUUUAGAUAUUUAUGCAUUUUCAUACUAUAAGUUUACGUGCUCAAUUUUAUAAAGCAAAUGAAAUAAAGUGUACAUAGUAUAUUAAAAUAUUAAAUUAGUCAUAAACAUACAAUACGUAAAUAAUAUUUUGGGCAUAAUAAAUGAAAUAAAUAAUAAAAUAAUUGAAAUAAAUAGAUACAUCUGGGAUCAAAUAUUAGCGAAUGACUUUAAAAUAUACCAAAUCGCGUAAUAAUAUUGUCCACGAAUUUUUUUUAAUAAUGUAAAUAUAUCAAUAGGUUUGGAAUAGGGAUAUAUUUUGUGUAAAACAAUAUUGAAGGCCAGUUGGUCGUAAGACGGAGUCCCGUACAUUAGUUUAUUUAAUAUACAUCACAGUUUUUACUAAAAUGAUCACAUUCAGGGGCUGAGUCAUUAUAGAGUGCUUGACCACUAUUUGUCAUCAUACAUUAAGUCGGAAUGGAUACGUAUACAGUAGUAACUCUCCGCCCCGAACUAAUUUGGAUCGGGCGCCGCGCUCGGUUUACCUCACCCCCUCUGGGCCUUACUGUCUAAAUGCCGUAAGCCGGCGGGGCUUGUCUGUCUCAUUCUCACUUACGCGACAAGAAAGAGACAUUUAUAUAGUGUCCGGGGUUUGACAAUAGAUAAACACUUCUCGCUAUUUAAAAGUCUUUCAAUUUUUAAAUUUAUUUAUCUUUUCUCUAUUUUUUUAUAGACAAAAGCUUUUCAUAGAUCUAUAUUUUUAUUUUAUUUUUAAUACGAAACGGUCGAUUUUGAUACAAUGUGUGAUGAUAAAACAGUGGACAUGUCACUUAACAUUUUUCGAUCGCGAUUUACAUGGCUAGUGAUUAGACGUUUAUAUUAGUUUAGUGCAAGUUUUUUUUUUACAAAUUAUCAAUUAAAAACCUAUGUAAAUAUUAUUAUUAAUCACGUAAUCACAUAAUAAAUUAGUCCAAUAAGCAAUUUCUUCUAUUUUUAGAUUUAAUUGUCUGUUUUACGUUAUGAAAUAUUCUUUAUAAAUCAAUUAUACCUUUUAUCUGUAAGUUGAGCUUGGUUAGUAGUGCAGUGGGCCAUUACUUGUGAACAAAAAAGUAAUUUAAAAUUCGUUAAAAGUUCCUCUCUUGUGAACAUUAGCAUCUUUUUCAGCAUAAAGUGAUAUAUAUGCAGUGUGAUAGCUCUAAAGAUGACUCGGCUUAUUUCAUAUAAGUUACGUCAUGUUCGUGACGUUUCGGAGUGAGUUUCAGAACACCAGAAGUCAAUAUCAUCCUAGAAUCGGUUGUCUUUUUGAAAAUUCCCUGUUAGAACAUACAUAAGUUCAAGUGGAGAAAGCAUAAAGCAUAGGAAAAAGACAAAGGAUUUUAGAAUAUUUUUGUGGUGGCACUAAUAAUAAUUGACGUCCGGUGCUCUGACACUUACCCUGUGGCGUUAGUUGUUAUAUAAAUACAUAAGAUCACGCCUAUUUCCCGUUGGGGUAGGCAGAGACCACGGAAUUGCACCACGAUCCUGACACGCCAGUUUCUCUUUCACUUUUCUCUUUUUUCCUUAGUUGCUAUACUGUUUAUAUUGAUACUUCGUCUAUGGUCCACUGCACUAUUAGGCGUAUUCUCUUUAUAGUUAUUUCUAAAUCAAGGCUGGGUCGCGUGUAAAAGUAGAGAUUGUAGUAUUAGUCGUUUGCACACGGUACAAUGUGGGUACGGUCAGAAAUGAUGGGAUAUUUCGAUUAUUUCUCCUAGAUCUGUGAUGUUGUAUCAUGUUUUUUUUAUAAAGUAACAUUUUCUAUAUUGAAUUCGUUGCCUUAUAGUGAAAUGAAAACCACGUAAGCGCAUAUUAGAAAAUUACAUUGUUAUGUCAUUCUCAUCGACAAAAAAACUUAAUUUCGGGUAAAAAGUGACACCACAAAAUUUGUUACCUAAUUGUAAUUAAUUGGGUUUUUGCGAGAUUUCAUAUUCCGAAUGUGAUUAUUUAAAAAGGCGGUUACGUGUUUUUCACUUUAAAACGACGAUAUGUUUAACCUGUCCACCUACUUAAUUUUAAAAUCUUUUCUAAGCUCGAAAAAUAUAUCGUUUUAGCAUGUGCAAUAUGAUGAUUUUGGUCGUUGCAAUAUUUUUAAUAUUACUUGAGAAUUAUCUCUUCGGUGUUCAAAUGUCUCCAUAAUACCUCUAUACUCUGUUCACUGCCACCAAACAACAAUAUAUAACGUACAAUGAAAUAUUAAGUACAAUAUAAGAUUCUAACUGAAGAAAGAAAACCAUAUUGCCUCUAUCGUUCCUCGGCCUUUAACUGCGAGUGCGAGCGAGAGAGAUAUAUUUUCCUUCCUUUCGCUUUUGAAUAUUCCUAUUCAAAGACAAUUAUAACGAAGUAACAACGAGAAUAGUGCUCUAGCUAGUUGGCGGACCAAAAUUAAACGAAUACGAUUCCUAAUAUAACUAACGGUGCAUUAAUUAUGUGCAAUUGCUUAGAAAAAUGUAGCUAAUUUUAUAUAUUCUUUAGUAGGGUUGAAUUAAAUCUUUUUACACCUAUUUUUUUUGGUAAUUUUCGUAAGGAAAUGUAAACAAAUCGAAUGAAUUUGGAAAUAUUGUGUCUCUCUCUGACGUAUAGUUUAAAUGAAUAGGUUAGAGGGAGAGAAAUAACAAUUUUCAGUUACGAUUGGUUUGUAAAUACGAAAAUUACGAACGUGUGUGGUCAAUGGUUCUCCCUUUUAUUGUAUACUGUAUGUAUUGCUUAAGUUAAAUAAUAAUGAAUUCAGGGUCGUUGGCAGGACAUCAGCCCAGCGGCAUGGGAACCGCGCGCGGAUCUAUAUAUAUCGAGGGCUUCGAAGGCCUCGCUAUCAUUCGCGCCACGGGGGGAGGGGACGUUAUAAAUGUCUUAUUGAUCAAAAAGUACAUCACAUUUUAGAUGUAUAUCUUACCAAAGUAGAGUUAACACAUUUUUGAUGGUAGAGUUAACAUGAAAACUCUUAACAAUUCACUGUCGAUUAUUAUUAUUAUUAAUAGCCCUCAAUGACCCACUGCAGGGCAAAGGCCUCUCUUCCCUUCUUCCACUCCUCGAUUUAUUUUUAAUUUUAAUAUAAAUUGUAGAGGGUAAAAGUUUCUGAUCUCCCUGGCUACGACCCUGAGUUGGUGCAUUAGGAAUUGUCGUCUUCUUUUCUAUUUAUAACGGCCAUUUUAUCUAUAAAUCACUUUUAAUAUAAUUUUAGAGUGUAAACUUAUUUUAACAAUCGUCUCAGUGCUAGGGUCUAGCUAAUUUGUUAUUUGUUGCUAUAGUUGUUCUAAGCAGAUAGGUAGACUGUUUAGCUGUCGAUGCCGGAUUUUUUUAUCGUGGAGAUUAGAUUAGACCUCAUAUAAAAGUCGACACAACUCACAUAACGUCGCACUAUACGUGCCACUGCUGCACAGGUCUUCCCCUAAGUCAGCCGGGGCACAUAGAACAUGACAGAUGUUAUAUAUAGAAAGUUCGCGACAAAUACUUCAGGAUCUCAAAACUGACCCCAGCGGCGUUCAAAUGCAAUUCGAAGUUCGCGCGCAACCUAUUUUUUACCCGGUGAGAACCCUCAGCGCUCCCCAUUUGUCAAGUCUGCGGUCACGAGCAUUAAUAUGUAUACACUUUGGUACCAUGUCACAUUAACAUUUUUGACAAAUUGAACUGUAAGUCUCACUAACUGUCAAAUAUGUUAGUGCGACAGAGUCCUAAAAUGGGUACAUUAUAUUGCUCAGGACUGUACAUAAGUCAUGUAAAAACGCACACGUCUUUGAACAUUUUAGUUUAUCGGGAUCAAACAAUAUCUAUAUGCCUUGUUUUAACUUUUUUUUUAUAAAACAAAAGCUCUGGCGUCGUCGUUCAGCUAAAACAGUCUCUUUAUAUUUAAGUUUGAAAUGGAACGUAAUAUCUUUGAAAUAGUGAACACAAUUACUAGUCUACGUGUAGUUGUAAUGAAUAAUACCUCUGGAUGUUAGGUUAAAAUUGUUGUUGAAUAAGUGCCACAAUACAUAAUAUUACUAUAAUACUUUACGCGACUUUUAUUGUGUUAGUAACGUUUAUUUAAGCAGUGUUGUCGUUCUAGAGGGAAAGAUGCUCUGUUGUAGAUUUUCACUUACGCUUUAUUUCUAAAUUAAACAACGUAUUUGGUGAUGUUUCUGGCAGACUAAGCUUAAAAACCUAAACAUAGUGCUGUUCUUUGCUUACGACGAGUACAAGACAGAUGGAGCGAGUUUUAGUAUUGUAAAACUAAGCUAAAAUUAAGUUGGUGUCUGCAGUAAUCUGCAGCAUUGGUGCCGAUACUCGAACUCAAUUUUAACUAAUUUCAAUUUGACGCGACCAAAAGUAGCUCUAUCUCGUUUUUUUUACCUAUUGUAAGUGAAGGACGGCACUAGUUCAAGCCCUGUCAAAACUAAAAUUAGGUUAUGUUUGUGUCUGCCAAAAUAGGCACCACUGUUAUUGCUUAUGUUAUUGUUACUGGGCACAGAUCGCGAAGCAAAUUACCAAUUUCCGCUUCUUCAUUCCGGUCUGUAGUAAAGAGACAUUAUAAUGACAUAUUUCCUUAUUGGGAAUUAAAAUAUCUGAGGGCCUUGCCAAAAAACCAACGUUUCAACCUACAAUCGUUCUACCCAUCCGAAUUGAAUGAACACCUUGCGUCAAGGAUGAUAAGUCGUCAGGCGUUUCGAUUCGAGCGAGUCAUACGUUAUCGAAUUAUAGGAACGUUGCAUUGGCAAGGUCGCUUGAUUUGACGUUAAAAGCGCCGUUUUGAUAAAAGCUAGUAAUUAGACAUUAUUCAUAAAUUCGAUGGAAUAUCUGUAGAAAAAAAAGUUUUUAUCCCCGAAAUCAACCCUCAACAGGAUGAAAAGAAGGGGGUGGAAAAGAAUAAAAGAACGUGUCGCGCGCGAUAAUCGAAGUCCACGACAAAACAGUACCUAAUGAAGUAAUAACAUAUAGUCGUAUUCGCAAGUCGUCACAAUGUCUUUUCCCCUAGAACUUCAUCAAUAUAUCUAAAAAGCUAGAACAGUGAUGUAUCUCGUAAUUCAACUUUAAUUUUUAAAUUUUCUUCCUGUUAUAUCUACUGUUACUAAACCUCAAUGAUGGCGGAGUUCAUUACCAAUUUACAGUUUUAUGUUGUGUGCCGAUUCUGAUAGACGCAUGCAUCGUUUUAUUUUAGUUCGAGAAUUCUAAGAAUAUCUCUGUCCCUUUCUUACGCUCACCAUAAGAGGAGACGGCUGUGUUUUUAGAGCUGGCAAACUAAAAUAAAAGAAAACGUCGGCCAAAAUCGGCGCCAUACUGGUAAAUUAAAUGGAAAUGCCAAAAUAUUCAUAUUUAAGUUAUUUUGUCUUUAGAAAAAUAUUGAUGCUGUAUUAUUUCUGCCAGGAAUUGUAUUUUCUACUUCACUUACAAUUACAACUUGUCUAUGGUACUGUAGUUUUAUAAAAAUGUCCGUCUGUUUAUUCCUUCUUACUCUUAGCGAUGCGAUGACCUAAUAUUAGGUGCAGUACAGAUUGUUGCUGUGACGUUGGUCACGUAUUUUUUAAUUAUUUGUAAAUAAAAACUUUAUUGAAAUA